UUUCUUCGGAGUUAAACUGUAGAACUGAAUUUUAGGAGGCCAUAUUUGUUUACGUUUUGUCAUUUGUGCCAAUUUAAAAAAACGGGCACAAUUCACAAUUCCUUGAUAAAAUGCAUGUCAGAGUAAGAUUUUUUGGAAAACCUGACACAAUUGUUGUUGUAGAAUCUAAACUAACGAAGAUAGAGCAGUUUCGACGUAUCAUAAAAGAAAAGUUUGGUGUUGAACCCAAAUUUCAACGUUUAUUCUAUGGAGGGAAAGUGCUUGACAAUGGAUACACAUUUCAUGACUAUAAUAUCAAACUUAAUGAUGUUGUCCAAUUGAUGGUGAAAUGUCCAGAAGAAAAUGUCCAAAAAGAAGAAAUAAAAGAGGAACUCAAUAACACUGCACCCAAAGAGUCUGAAGAAAAGAAAGUUGACUACAAAGAUGUUACCAGCACAUUGUUUGAAGUUGGUGAUUUAGUAGAUGUACGAAGAGAUGAGGGUGCAUGGUUUGAGGCAAAAAUUAUAAGAAUAGUGCUAGACCCUAAUAUUACAGACAUUCCCAAAGAUAUAUGUGUAUAUGAUAAAAAUGAUGUUGAGAAUCAGCCUCCAGGAAAUAGUAAAAAGAAAGGAAUUGAAAAGUUUUUUGACAAACAGAUGAAAGAUAAGUCCAAAACUAAUAUUAUGAGGCAAGAAGAGCAUUUACUAUUUCAAGUACAUUUUGAAGAGUUUGAGGAUGAUUCAGAUCAGUUUUGUAAGUUAAAAGAAAUUAGGCCAAGAGCACGAGAUAGCAUUGAUAUUAAAGAUGUGAAACCUGGAUGGAUGGUUAUGAUCAACCACAACAUUAACAAGUCAUCAGAAAAAGGCUUUUGGUAUGAUUUUAAAGUGGAGGAAGUAAAGAAAGUUAGAAGAGGUUAUGAACUAGUGGGAACAUUAUAUCUUGGUCAAGAUGCGAUACCUCAAAAUGACACUAGAGUCCCCAUUCAUGAUAAAAUAUUUGCAAUAGAAGAAAUUGUUCCAAUAGCAAAACGAUCUGAGGAGUACAAAAAGUUGAUUUCUAACCCUCCUGAGCCAAGAUCGAAACCUUUAAGGUGUACAGCGUGUCGUGAUGAUGAGGAUAUAAAUUGUAAGGAAUGUGGCUGUUACAUCUGUUAUGGAAAGGAAUCACCUGAUGAGAUUAUUCUCUGCGACGAGUGUAACUAUGGUUUCCAUAUGAAGUGCUUGGAUCCACCUCUAAAGGAACUGCCCGAAGAAGACUGGUAUUGCCCUUCUUGCAAGAGGGAUACAAACGAAGUGGUUGCUCCAGGCGCCGCAAAGCAAAUCAAAAAGAAUACCAAAAGUAACAGAGAUUGGGGCAGAGGCAUGGCAUGCGUUGGCAAAACAAGAACCUGUGCUAUGCCUGCUAAUCACUUUGGUCCGAUUCCUGGUAUCGAAGUCGGAAUGUGUUGGAGAUUUAGGAUUCAGCUUUCAGAGUCUGGGGUACAUCGACCACCAGUUUCCGGUAUACAUGGUCGCGAUGUUGAAGGCGCUUACAGUAUUGUUCUUGGAGGUGGAUAUGAGGACGAUUAUGACAACGGAUAUGAAUUCACAUACACUGGAAGCGGUGGAAGAGAUUUGUCAGGCAAUAAACGGACUGCAGAACAAUCGUGUGAUCAAACACUUACCAGGGAGAAUAAGGCGCUGGCACGUAACUGUGCUGUGAAAGUGAUAAGCGAAAGCGGAGGUGACGCUGGUGAAGACUGGAAGCAAGGCAAGCCUGUCCGUGUUGUCAGGUCCUACAAGAUGAUGAAACAUUUUCCCAAAUAUGCGCCAAAGGAAGGCAUACGUUAUGACGGAAUUUACAAGGUUGUCAAAUAUUACCCGGAAAAAGGACUUUCGGGGUAUCAGGUGUGGAAAUAUUUACUACGUAGAGACGACCCUAAUCCCGCCCCUUGGGAAGCUGACGCAAAUCAAUAUCCUAUUAUCUAUCCAGAUGGUUAUCUUGAAGCAGAGGCUGAGAAAAAGGCACUAAAGGAAAAAUCCAAAAAGAGUAAACCCAAGAAAAGAACCAAAGAAAAUGACUCGUCAGAUUCUGACUCUCCUCGUCCGACUAAAAAACGUAAAGUUAAAGAAAAUGUUGCAGCAAAAAGAACCUUAAAAGAAAAUAAUUGCCUUAAAGAAGAGGAAAGGGAAACGAAAAAACUGAGGACCUCGGAGUCAAAGAAAGGCGACAAAAGUGCUUCCGUGCCAUCGAGCCCAAAAAUACCGGACAUAUUCAAAAAAGCUGCCAGGAGUCCCAAAACCAAGGAAAAUGCAAACGGACUAACUACUGGAGAGUUGGCUGUCAUUAAAUCUGAUUCUUUGAAUACCAAAUUGUGGAGCGAAUGUGUUGACAUAUACAAAGAACAUGGAAAGAAGGAGUUUAUAGAACACGUAACUCAAGUGUUUUUGUGCAUCAUUUGUCAAGACGUCACUGUUUCACCUGUUACCACUCCAUGUCUACACAACUUUUGCAUGGCAUGUUUAAAGCUGGCUUUUAAAUCAACGGAUUGUCAGCAGUGUCCAUGCUGUAGGCACAACUUGUCCAAAAUGGAACUAACUCCAAACGAAAAUCUUAAAACUGCACUUCGGACUAUUCUUGCCGGCUACGAUGCUGGUAAGAAAUAGUUGUUUUGUUCCUUGCAGUGAAGUCUCUAUGCGAUGCUUAUAUUUUUUUAAAUAUUUGACAUUUUGAAUAUUAUUUAUUUAUUGUUUAUACAAUUUUGACAUUUAUUUAAAUAUCUGCUCAGCGGUAUGUGCGAGUUUGUAAGUGAUACCCCUACGUGGCUUUGUCUCUGUAAAUUUUGUUUUUGUCAUUAAUUAGUCGAUCUAUAUUCGUGACAGAGACAACCCUGUAAUUUUUGGUAACUUUGACAAAUUAUUUAUUUCAGGAUAAUACAACAUUUUUGAUUUAUUGCUGUUUGUAUAAGAAUUGUAUAGAGGUUUCACUGUGUGUGUUUUUAUUACGAUGGUUUUGUUUGUGUUUUAAUUUUUGAUGGUAUUAUAAGUGUUAAGCAUUAAGUGAAGGCGUAUGAACUACCUCUACGAUCUGUGCUAUAUUUUAAGUAGAACUUUAAGCACAGACUUUGUUUAGCUGUAUUAUUAUUUUUUAUUGAUAACUUUGACGAUUCUUCAGUGUGAGUUGACAUAGAAUUACGAAAGUUGCGAAACCUUUCAAAUUCCCUUAUGGAUCCUUUAGGACGAUAUACCAGGAGUAAAAUAGCAUGGUUUUGGUGGCCAUAAAUACCAUUCUUUAUAGAAAUUACGUCCGAUCCAUAGUAACAAUGUUAUGUCAGCCCAUACAAAGACACGAACAUUUUAAUUGCCACUAAUCGUUUGGUCAAUUUUAUAGAUGAUUGGGAAAGCACAAGUACCUACUAUGAAAUAUUUUUUUUGUGGUUAAAAGAUCUUUAAUUAUGGUAUGACUGUUUUGUUCGAAAUGUUUUAAGUUAAUUAGUCAUUUGCCGGGCAUAAUUGGUUUUCGGUUAAAUGUUGAAAUCGAUGCAUCUUUGUAUCUGAUUAAACGUUAAAAAUUAUUGAUUGAAUAAUUGAAUGAUUUAUUGUGAUAUUGAUUCCGUACUUGGUGAUGAAUAUGUAUGAUUUUGUUUAGAUUAAGUGUUCACAAUUGCUACAA